AUGGAAUCAGCACGUUUGCAAUCGCAGUCAGGGUCUACCGCCGAGGUGGAGGGCCCAGGUAGGGCGGGUCCACCGCUACGGAUCAGGUUUCUGACGUUCAAUACGUGGGGAUUGAAGUGGGUCUCGAAGCACCGGCGCGUGCGGAUGCGGGCGUUGGCGGACAUGCUCGCUGGUGGUGACCCCGCAGAGAUGGCUCUUGAGAGUGUGGCUACGUCCGGGGACGAUGGGCUGCCCCCUACGACUGGUCAAUACGACGUUAUCGCAUUGCAAGAGGUGUGGUGUCGCGAGGACUGGGAGUACAUCGUCGAACGGUGUCACUCCAAGUACCCAUACCAUCGGAUAUUCUACGCUGGGAUUCUCACUGGACCAGGGCUUGCGCUGUUGUCCUGCUGGCCCAUCGAUUCCUCGUUUUUGUACCGAUUCCCGAUCAACGGGAGGCCGAGUGCAUUCUUCCGGGGAGACUGGUAUGUCGGGAAGUCCGUUGCUGUCACGACGGUCACUCUGCCGGGGUCCCCCGGAGGGAAGCUUGCCAUUAUGAACAGCCACAUGCACGCACCGUAUGCACUCACGGGGGACGCCGCUUACACUUGCCACAGGGCAUGCCAAGCAUGGGACUUCAGCAGACUUGCUCAACUCUACUCGGAGGCGGGAUACGCUGUGAUCAUCGUCGGGGACCUCAAUUCACGACCAGAGUCCCUGCAACACCAGUUCCUCACUCAGGAGACUGGGCUUGCGGACUCCUGGGAACAGCUGGGUGCAAAGGCGUAUCCUCCGAGACCGACACUCGCUCAGGUUGCCAAGAUGUCCGCGCUGGACCAGCUCAAGUACGGCUGCACGACCUGCGACUCGCUGCUCAACACCUGGCGCAGCGACCGACGGCCCGACGAGGCCUGCAGGCUCGACUACGCGCUCGUGGACCCACACAAACUGUUGACGGUAGACGCAGGCGUCCAGUUCACGGAACGCAUCCCUGGAAUAGGCAGCUUCUCGGACCAUUUCGCCUACUACUGCGAGCUACACUACAGGGACAAUAGCAAGGAUGAACAGACCCCGGCAAGAGACCUGCUCCUCAAACGAUACUCCAGCUAUGUCGAGAUGUGCGACCUCAUCGACGACUACCUCAUCACUGCGCACCGCCAAAAGUUCUGGCGUGGGAUUCACUUCUGGGCGUCCCUGGUACUAAUUAUCGGGUGCUGCGUGAGCACUUCGUUCACUAGCUACACUAGGGCCCCCCUGGUCCCUCGGUUCUUCUGGGUCCUCUUCGCCAGCGUACUUGCAGUGACGGGACUCAUCGACGGACUCAUCUCGUUCCUAUUCGGCAGAAGCGAGCUCAGAGCGCUGAGAGAGGUCAAAUUAGAGGUCACGGACGCCCAGCGCACACUGCAAUGCACUCUAGAUACCGCGUGA